AGUAGAUUGGAAUCGGGUGUCUGAAAUAUAAAAUUUGAAGAUGAGCCAAUGAAACAAUUAAAUAUGAGAAAUAAGUUCCAUAUUCUACCUAUUUUUAUAAGUAGGCAUAAUAAAUGAAUAUUAAGUGUAUUUAUAUUUCCAAAAAGUGAAAGCAUGAUAUUUAUUUUAUCCUUAAAAAGGUAGAAUUCAUAUAAAGUUGAAACAGAUAUUCAAUUUAGAGAGUAAUGAUUAUUAAUUAGAUUUUUACUAUAACAAUUCUAAGAUUACAGAGAUGUUCUUGAUUUUUAAAACAUUUUGGUUUUGAAGUGGACAAGAAUGAUUUACGAGAGGGUAACUCUUAUUUAGAUUUAGAUAGAGAUUGGGCUCUGAAUUUUUAAGAAUUUACAGAAAAUCCAUCUUCUUUGAAAAAAUUCAGAAAUAAAAUGACUAAGAUGCAGAAUACACUAUAAUUGAAUGCUAUAGAAAUUGUGUAUAUUCCAUUAAGUGUGGGGACAAUGUUAACUUAUUUAUCAUAUAUGAUAAGAAGUGAGAAACAUAAAGAUUUAUAUGAAAAAGGGAAUUAGGAAACAGAUAAGAUAUAUUAAACAUUUGUAAUAUAAUAGUAACUCAAGUGUGAAAGUCAGUAGCAGAUGAUGCUUAUGAUUUGUAUAUAAAAGCAUAAUACAAAUUAAUGAAUGCAAUAAUAAAAUCGAAUUCAUCUUUACAUCAAUUAGACAUAAAAUAAUAGCGA